AUUGGAACGAGAGGGUAGCCCGUAGGAUGCUUGAUGGCGCUGAUUGUUCGGUACAACGAGAGAGACAGAGAGAGAAUAAAAAGAGAGAGAGUACACGCGCUAGCAUUGAGGGCGUACUGAUCUAAAAAAGCGUCUGGCAACACUGGUUUUGCUAACCAUUACAAGCUCUAACCUCGAAAAACUUGAAGGGGGUCCCUUCCAGCCAGAGGUACCAAGCAAAAGCCAGCAAAGUAGUUCGAGCAGUAGAUGUGGCACCUGGCCCCCUAGCCAUAGGGGUACAACCGGAACACUAAAAGGGACAACAUCAAGAGUAUUCAGCUGUUGAGAAGAGCUUUAAUUAUUAUUUAUUUAUAAGAAAAAACAAGCACAUCGUAAGGGAUUUUUUUGUUGAUUUUAACGUGGGUAUAAUCCAGUGAACCCAACCUGAAUCCAAUAGACAGCACAAUCAAGAUAUUAAUCCCACAAAGAUGACCAUUAUUGUGUUUCUCAUCGACACAUCGGCCUCUAUGAAUCAGAGAGCAGAUUUGGGUGGACGACCCACGCUUCUCGACGUCGCUAAGAAGGCGGUUGAGACAUUUGUCAAAGUCAGACAGAGGUCUCCUGAGAGCAGGGGGGACAGGUACAUGCUGCUGACUUUUGAGGAUCCACCUCAUAAUAUUAAAGCGGGGUGGAAGGAGAACCUAGCGACCUUCAUGAAUGAACUAAAGAAUCUCCAAUGUGUAGGUCUGACAACCCUCUGUGCAGCCCUGAAACAUGCCCUGGACGUCUUGAAUAUCAAUAGAAUGCAGACUGGCAUUGAUACUUAUGGCCAGGGCAGAUGUCCCUUCUUCCUGGAGCCCUCAGUCAUCGUUCUAAUCACAGAUGGUGGAAAGUACACAACGACGAGUGGUGUCCAGCAAGACUUCACCCUGCCCAUGCACCCACCGAUAGUGGGCUCAGAACUGACCAAAGAGCCUUUUAGGUGGGACCAGCGUGUGUUCUCCCUGGUGUUGAGGCUAUCAGGGACACCAGCAGUCGACAGAGACACGGGCCUUGUCGCCAGUGACACAUCCCCGAUCGAUGCUAUGUGUGAAAUAACUGGAGGUCGUUCCUACUGCAUAACAUCCCACAGGAUGAUGAUGCAAUGCAUAGAUUCCCUGGUGCAAAAAGUCCAGUCAGGAGUAGUGAUAAAUUUCGAAAAAAUCGGACCGGAUCCGCCUCCCUUACCAAACGAGCUCCCAAACUCCGGUCAACAGAUGCCCCAGAAUACUCUCCCCCUGAUGCAAGCCCCAGUCCAGCCCGAAGACGAGGAGAACGACGAUGAGAACUCCUCAAUAGCAGCUAACGGUGCAAAGUCCCAGUACCUCCCCCAGCCCCCAGCUGUUGGUAACACAGCCUGGCACUCGUGCAGAAGACUGAUCUACGUACCAAGAUCAGCGCAAAAGGGCUUUGCCGUUGGAUUCUGGCCUAUUCCCGAGAGCUUCUGGCCUGACUUGAGCGCCAGUACACUGCCUCCAAGAACAGCCCAUCCCCUCGUUAAAUUUACCUGCACAAGCCAGGAGCCGAUGGUGAUAGAGAACCUGCCAUUCGACAAAUACGAACUAGAACCCAGUCCUCUGACCCAGUACAUUCUCGCUAGAAAACAGCCGACGACCUGUUGGCAGGUCUUCGUGGCAAAUUCUUAUAAAUCCAGUGAAGUUGGCCACCCCUUUGGCUACCUGAAAGCAAGCACAAACCUCACCUGUGUGAACCUAUUCGUAAUGCCUUACAACUAUCCAGUCCUCCUGCCACUCCUCGAGGAGCUCUUCAAGGUCCACAGGCUGAAGCCCACCAACGAAUGGAGAACACAAUUUCAGAAUUACAUGAGAACAAUGCCAACUUACUACGCAGCCUCACUACGACGAGCCUUAACGAGAAUGGGAGCCCCAACCCCUCUGGCCCAAACUCUAAUCCCAGACAAUAUGGAUAAUUCGUUAUCAUACAGUGUUUUGAAUCACUUGAAGAGGCUGAAGAACCAGGCGAAGAUUGAAUUCGAUAGAUUAUGCAAUGAAGUAAUCUCUAAACAAGUGGCCAACGCCAAUGCGAGUAAACUGCUGGUGAAUGGAUCGUCGUCACAGUUAUCUGAAGGUGUUCGAGUGAUACCGAGGAGUCCCCUGAAGAAGGACCUGGUGUCCCAUCCUCUUCUGCAGGACAAAUUCAUCGGUCUCAGGGAUCAGCUGAAUGAAUUUGGGGGCUUUACGGUGCGUGUCGUGAGGAGUCAGCAGCAGAGAAGUGCCCACAGUUACAGAAAUGCCUUUGAUGUACCGAGAAAGAGUCUGCUGGAUCAGGUGGUGAGGAUGAGAGCCAACUUUUUACAACCUGGCUUGUUACACACUAAAUUAUUGGAUGAUGAUUACGUGCAUUCCAUGCCAGUGGCACAGAUGGGAAAUUACCAGGAGUACCUCAAACGUAUGACACCACCAUUGAGAGAGAUUGAGAGUGUACCAGUGCGUCAGCACAUGUUCGGUAAUCCCUUCAAGAUUGACAAGAGGAUGAUGGUUGAUGAGGCUGAUAUUGAUAUGGUGGGGGCGACAUCAUCGUCGAAUGCUAAUACAAAUAAUACGAAUUCUUCGGUGGUAUUGGCACCAACGUCGCCCAUUUCACCGACAAAUUCCAUUCCCAAUUCUGGGAUUUUGACGGGUAUCACGAUAAAAGGCAGCUUGAAGCGUUCUUUAGACAAUAAUGGGGGCAAUGGGAGUGUCAGUCCCAUUGUGUCUAGACCACCCAGUAAAAGAAAGCCAGGACCAAUACCUAGAGAAGUUGUUGUGAGAAGACCGAGUUAUUCGUCACCAGUUAACAAAUCACCCUCAGUGUCACCUGUUCCCUGGUGCCAGGAGCCCAAAAGCCCCACUGGACCACCACCUGAGGUGGUGACAGCUCCCUCAUCAUCGAAUGUUCUUGUUCCUGUUUCUAUGAGCUCUACCAAUGCUGGAAAUUCUGGUACAAUUGCCAACAACUCCACGAUAUCCACGAUUCCUGAUAAAUUGACUAAUGGCCUGACACCAGCUGCUGAAAUUACUGAACCUGUGGAGAAUCAUUCUGUACCAACUAGCAACAAUAUCAAGGGUGUCAAGCAAAAGGGUCUUGCUGAAAAUACAGAGCCCAAGGUGGAGUGCAAUGAGAGCAAUGCUUCAGAGGGUAAUAAUAGUGUUAAUUCGAUUGAUAAGAAGGACGAACGUAUCACGAAUCAUGUGGAGGAGGGAAAAAUUGUCAAGGGAGAGAGAUCACUGUCCAAGAAGGAGUUGGAGGAGGUCAGGAAACAUAAUUUGUCAAUUAGAGAACUUGUGCAUAAGGAAGUUAGGAAAAGAGGAACGAAUUAUAAAACGCUAUUUUCGCACAUGCAACAAAUAAAAGGGACCCUCGAUAUUCGAGUUGCUUUUGUUCGUGAGAUAGUGAAAGAAUCGUUGAGAUUCAAACGCCGUAAUUUGGCUAAAUUGUUGGAGGAUUACUUGAGCACGGUCCAGCGGGACGGAAUAGGAACGAAUUUGGAUGUUUCAUAGUUAAACCAUUAUGAUAUUUUUUUUUCUUCACUUUUUUUGUUAUACAGAAGAUUUUUAAUAUAAAAUGAUGAUUAAUGUGUAUAUACACUCAGUAAGAUGGAAUUUUUUAAAGUGAAUUUAAUGAGUGGAAUGAGGAGAGACUUGUUGAGGGAGUCUCGAGAUUCUACAAUAAAUUUGGAAGUUGAUUGUGUUGAGUUAUUUUGACUGUUGACUAUGUGAACAUUAUUGUCUUGCAUGAGUGACUCCUUUUUACAAUUCGCAUUCUUCUCCCAUUUUUACUUGAUUUUUUUUCCAUUUCUUUUUGUACUCAGCAACAAUAUCAUGUAUGUUGUACAGUAUGUCUCCCUUCUUUUUGGUUUGACUAUUGUGAGAUGAGUCGUCUGUACGCUUAAACAUAAAGACUUUGCACCAAGAUAAAAUGAAACAGUUGAUUAAUGACACCAAGUGCGAUUUUUAUUAAUGAAGAAAAAAAAAUAAUGAAAGAUUAAUCGAUUUAAUAAGUAAAUGAAUUGUGGUUAUUUUAUGAUUAAAUUGUGUAACUUUGUGAUCACAAUUUGUACAUAAUUUACACUGAUAAAGAGGAAAAUUAUUCAACGAGA